AUGUCUGCCUGGUUGCUCUGCCAAACAGCGGCCUUGAAUCUGCAGCGAAGUGUUGCUAGCCUGAGGAAGAUGAAGCAAAUCAGCGCGAAGGCAGCGCAUUGCAAGAUGCAAGCGAGCAUGAAGGCUCUAAGCAACCUUUACCUCUGGCUUUACUCCCACUUCCAGGUGCACCAGGACUUUCAGAAGCAAUCACACUGGAGGAAGGCGUUGGCGAACCUUGGAGCGGGUCUGUGCUUGCAGACCGCGGUGCAGGAAGCUGCGCCACUUGGCAUGGUGAUGCUGGUCCUCAUUAACCAGUACAGUGUCCAUGGCAUUACCGGCAGCAAGGCGCGGCACAAGCUGUUCGGCGCCGCAUGCCUGCUCAUCGCAGCAAGCAGACAAGGCCUAGGCGUGACCUUGGGCGAAGUCGCGCGUCGUGCCGACCUGGAGGCGGGCAAGCUGCAGAAGAUGGUCUGGAGAGUUUGCAAGACCACAGGCGCUCGAAUUCCGAGGACAGAGCAGAAUGCAGAAGCGGCCCUUGCUCGCAUCUGCGAUCACUUCAAUGUCAAGCAGAAAGGAGGAGUUUGCGCUUUUGGCGUCAAGCUUGUGGCCAUCUCAAGCCAAGGCUGGAUUUGCACUGGCCGGAAGUGGGCGUUCGUGCUUGCAGCAGCCUUUGUCUUGGCCGCACGGGCAUACUUCUACGAAUUGGACGCCGAAGAUGCUGCUCGCCUUCAAUGCUUUGGACAUGGCAAACUCUGCGAGCCCGUAAACACUGAGGUGGCCGACUUCCUGUACAUUGGGGUUGGAACGGUGAAGACGCGCAUGCAGGAGUGCCAGCGGCAUGCCGCAUGGUCGUUCUUCUUCGCACGCUCCCUCUGUUUGUGA